GGCUCCUAUAUCAUUUUUCCAAUAGGAUUCCAUAAGUUGGUACCCAUAUAGCAGCAUAAUUAUGAUUCAUCCACUGAAAUUCCAUACGAUCCAGAGAUCAGGUUUGUAACAAUUUCAUUUAGCCUAAUAAGCAUAUCUAAAACUUAAUGAAGGAAAUUAAUUUCUAGAGAAACUUAAAAUGUUGCGGUCUUUAAAGAAUAAAAAAGCAAAAAUAAAGUAAAUAACAUUAUAUUCACAUUCACAAGGAAACUUAUAAAAUGAAGAUUUCCAUAUCCCCAAUUUAAGGUAGUUUAUAGUCAAUUUAUCGCAUUAUGUACGAAUUAGUAGAUAUUUAAUCUGGUCCUCGUGCAAUUUUUUCUAGUUAUAUUUUCUUUAGAUAUUUAAUUUUUUUUGUUAGAGGCUGUUGUAAAGUAUAGUAAUUUCAGUUUCAUGGAUUUAAAAUAAAUGUGGUUCACACUGCCAUCUCAUUUUAUGCGUCUUUUUAUUUAUCUGCAAAUAAUAGGAAAUUAUCAAUAUUAUGUUAUAUUUCUAUUUUAAGAAAAAACUGCAAGAUUUUCCAAACCUCUUCCUUCCUGCUACCUGGAUUAAUUUGAUCUUUUGGAAUAAAAAUUUAAGGUUACAUUGCUUUUGGGUGUAUUAUGUAAAAGGCUGCCCUUUCUGGUUUACUGCUUCGUUACAUAGCGAAAUAACCUGUCUACGUUACUAAUCUAUGACGCGUCAGGUUAUCAAUGAAGAUGGGAGACGUUAUCGACUGUGAUCGGGAGCGAAAGUGGACGGCCGCGGUAGGUUAUGGUCUGUCCGUGGUCCGUGUCUCUGGCGGUAUUGAGGAAGAAUUAGAAAAUAGUGAUAUAGAGCAUUCAGCUAAUGAUGAUCACAAAGAACGUGAUGAAAAACCAAAGAAGAAGAAGAGGAGACGCCGUGAAAUCGAUAUGAUAAAACUUUCUGAUGAUGAUGAUGAUGAGACUGAUGACGAGGGAAUACCGAAGAAACUGAUACGUAGAUUCAGUCCCGGCCCUAGUCCUAAUUCGCCCGCUUCCCAUCGCGAGCCCCGAACUUGUGUCCUUAAGGCUAGUCAAAAACGCCGUCCACUAUCUCGCCUUUUAGAACAAUUACUUCGUAAUUUGGAAAAGAGAGAUCCAAAUCAAUUCUUUGCAUGGCCUGUAAAUGAUAAUUUUGCACCAAAUUACUCUAACAUCAUUAAGCGGCCAAUGGACUUUUCAACAAUUAAACAGAAGAUUGAUGAUAAUGAAUACAAAUCAUUGAACUGCUUUAUUAGUGAUUUUAAAUUAAUGUGUAACAACGCUAUGAAGUACAAUAAGCCCGGUACUGUUUACCACAAAGCUGCGAAGCGUUUACUGCAUGCUGGACUCAAGCAACUAACACCACAGAAACUUAGACCUCUGGGCAACAUGCUCACCUACAUGUAUGAGAUACCCAUUCGAGAACUUGGCUUUGACAUUGGAAAGAUGGAUGUUCACAAGGUGUUAAAGCGCACGAGCCCGAUGAAGAGCGGCGGCUCCGAGGCGGAGGCGGCGUCGGACGGCGGCCUGGAGCGCCCCGACGGCGACAGCGUCAAGAUGCAAAUGGAAGCCGCCAGGGAACAGCAUAGGAGAAAACUGGCGAAGAAAGCGUUUCCUCGCAUGGAUUCUGAGGGCAAGACCACUUUAUGUCUGGUGACGAAUACCGUGGACGCGACCGCUGAAGACAAGCCGAUGACACUGGGCCGGUACAUAGGCAAACUGCAGCAGGGAACUGGCACACUCCAUACGUCCCGGGAAGACCGCCGCAACUUAGCAAAGGGCGUGAAGCCCUUAAACUACGGCCCUUUCAGCUCGUACGCGCCUUCGUACGACGGAACCUUUGCCACGUUGACCAAGGAGGAGUCGCAUCUCAUAUACCACACCAUGCACGCAGAGACGGGGCAGGGUAACGAGGAGAUGCUCCGCUUCGCCCCCGACUCUCCCUGGAAUCUGAUCUAUGAUAUGGAAGCAAUGUUCCCAGACAAGAAGAACCAACCGGACCCCGCGCAAAACAAGGAUGAAUUCGACAUUUCCAAGAUUAAAGUGGAGAUAGACCAGUUACGUAGUCUCUCCGACCUCGGCAUCGACGUGGAGUUCCUCAACGAAAUGGAAGAAGAGAUUAUUUCCUCGCAACACGACUACGGCAUCGGACCCGCGUUGAGGCACACCUACGAACUGUUACAGAAAUUGGAGAAGGAGCAGAGGGAAAGACUGUCAGCGCCGCCGCCGUGGCACUUAUCACUGUGCGCGCGCGCAGGCGGCACGGAGCGAGAGCUGGCGCGGCAGGUGGCGGCGUGCCUGCGUGGCAUGGCGGCGCGCGUGCCCCCCGCCCGCCUCGCGCCGCUGCCCGCGUUGCGACGCGCGCUCGGAGUCACACUCGCGCACCUCGGUACUGUAGGCACCGCCGCCCCCCCCACGUCUGUAAAGGCACGCGUGCCCCCCGCCCGCCUCGUGCCGCUGCCCGCGUUGCGACGCGCGCUCGGAGUCACACUCGCGCACCUCGGUACUGUAGGCACCGCCGCCCCCCCACAUGUCUGUAAAGGCACGCGUGCCCCCCGCCCGCCUCGUGCCGCUGCCCGCGUUGCGACGCGCGCUCGGAGUCACACUCGCGCACCUCGGUACUGUAGGCACCGCCGCCCCCCCACAUGUCUGUAAAGGCGCGGGCCCCCCGCCCGCCUCGCGCCGCAGCCCGCGUUGCAACGCGCGCUCGGAGUCACACUCGCGCACUUGUCUUGAAGAACAUUACAAGUCCGAGAUUCGUUUCCAUUCGCCCGGACAGUGAAGGACACUGGCUCGAUUCCAGCCUGAUACAAGGGACGUCAUCAUCAUCAUCAACCUAUUAAUUUCCACACUGCUCCCCAGCAGCAUAGGCCUUCCUAUGGAUGGAAUAGGGAGAUUGAGUCAUGACCUACCACGCGGGCCGAGUGCGGAUUGGCAGGUGCUAACGACUGCAGAUGCAGCCGGGACCAACGGCUUAACGUGCCCUCUGAAGCACGGAGGAAAUCAAGAUAGAAAAUUUUUGGUCAACCAUCCAAUGUGGGGCCGUUCAUAAAAUACGUUCGCAUACAA